AUGAAGAUUCUCUCAUUCUGCCACAGCUCCAGAGCCAGCUCCCCUCUCCCUGGGUUUAUUGUUUUCUUCCUUAUUUGUUAUGUUCACAAGAUGGAAUCAGCAAAGUUCAGAGUGAUUGGACCCCGUGCCCCUGUCACUGCCAUCCUGGGUCAGGAAACUGUGUUACCCUGUCACCUGUCACCCCGGAUGAGCGCUGCAAACAUGGAGGUGAGAUGGUUCCGCUCAGACUUUGUAUCCUUUGUGCACCUAUAUCGUGAUGGGACGGAUCAGUAUGAAGGGCAGAUGCCAGAGUAUCGGGAAAGGACAGAGCUUUUGAAAGCCGGACUCACAGAUGGAAAUGUUCCCUUGAGGAUUCUCAAUAUCAGACUCUCUGAUGAAGGAGAAUACCAUUGCUUUGUUCAAGACGAUACUUUUUACGAAGAAACUAUAUUGGAACUGCUGGUAGCAGGUCUGGGCUCUGAUCCUCUCAUCUCUGUUGAGGGUCACCAGGAUGGAGGGAUCCAAGUGGUUUGUCGAUCAGCUGGUUGGUACCCAGAGCCUGAGGUGCUGUGGAGAGAUCUCAGUGGGCGACAUUUAUCAUCACUCUCUUUAACAACAUCCCAAGGGGAUAACAACCUGUUUGAAACAGAAACUGCUCUCAUUGUAACAGAACAUUCAAACCAAAACUUGUCCUGUUGCAUUAGGAACACUGUUCUCAAUCAAGAAAAGGAAUCAGCAGUUUAUAUAGCAGAUUCCUUUUUCCCGAGGGUGAAUCCCUGGAUGGUGGCUCUGAGUGUGAUCCUGGUGGUUUUGUUUGGUUUCAGUGGCCUCACUGUUUAUCUGUUUAAAAUGAAAGGUAAAUAUCAGAGGGAGAAAUAUACU